AUGGCAUCCCACGGCAAGGUCCUUGAUCUGUUCGACGACCGCUACCUGGAAUUACAAGACGUCGUCGGCAAUGUCGAACCGCUACCCACACUUGUGCCCUAUGAGCAAUACAAGCAACACGCCAUCACCUACCGCAUGGAUACGAACCAUGACAUCUUCAUGGCGCUUCUCCAGGACUUCACAGAGCGCAAGGCACUAGAAACAGGCAAAGAGCUGUGGACGUGGUGUGUGCAGUGGGAGGUUGACGAAACGACCGCUCGCCAACCAGUUGCGGUACCGCACUCACCGAAGAAACCUCGUCUUGACUCGAGCCAGUCAGGCACUCCUACUACGCAGUCGCCUUCAAGGCGUGGUGCGCCUCCAAUAACCGCCCAGGUUCGCAAAAUAGAUCCCGAGUUGAUGCAUCAGGAGGACAUGUUGCGCAUACUGGUCGACAUUGUGCAGGUCAACAGCACCGUGGUACCAAACUUCAUCGAGUUCCUAUAUAGGUGGAUCGACUUUUACGAGGGAGACGGAAAGGCUUUGAACGCGGCCCUAUAUGGAGAGAUCCCGAGCUUAUGGGACUUUGAAUAUCAUCCGAUUCUUGUCCCCGAGGACGUCAGAAAGAAGCUGGACGAGGCAAAUGGUAUCACCAGAGACGGCAAGAAAGAUGGAGCGGGAAACGAGACGCCAAAACACGCCAACGCAGAAGAGCUCACCCAGAACUCGCCCACCAAGAAGAUGCGGCAAAAGCCCGAUCUGGCGGUAUUAGAGCGCAAGGCGGAAGAGAGCGAGCGCCUACAGUACCGCGAAGUACACUUCGGUAUACAGCCACCGAAGCUCAACGAGCCUCUGCCGCCUCUUAUCAACAUCCCUCGAGACCGGGUCAAGCGGGCGAAGUACCAUGUUGCUUGCUUCAAAUCACGCCAACGCGCCCUCUAUCUGCUCAUGGAAGCAGGGGUUACCCCACAGCAGUUGAGAGAUUACAAUAGGUGUCAAAAAGUGAGUCUGAAAGACACGCCACCGCUUGAGGGAGCAGGCGGCCUCGAGAACUACGAGAGGGAUGCGAAACUUGCACAGAUGAUUCAUUUGGCCAAAGAGAAACAUAGAGCGAAACAGAUGGAGAUUACUAUCAGUCACAAGUUGGCAGACGAGGCUCAGCUUGCUGCUCACAGUACUGUUCCCGCAGGCUCAUCUGGUGUGCCUCUUAUUCCCAUCACGCCCUUAAACAACCACCGUCUAGAUAAGGUUGGCCAGAUAUUGCGUAGGAUUCAGCAGACCAGAGGUGAGGGAGAACAGAGGAUCAACAUCGUUCCUACGCCGCUUGUGGGUAAAAUGAAAAGCAGACUUUUCGAAGGCGCGAGAGACAGAGCAGCCUUACAAGAAAUGUUUGAACGUGACGGUGGGCUACCAAAAUCACGCUCUCCUGCCAACGCUGCUGGUGGUGGGCCGACGGACGACGACGACACCAGUACUCCCAGAGGCGGGAUGGGUAUACUUCCUAGACCGUCACUGCCGCCACCCACAACAACUCCUCGUCCAAACCUACCACCGCCACCGCGUCCACCUCCAGCAAUGAUGUCCACUCAACCUCGAGGCCCAUUCGUCCCCAACACCGCGCAGCUCUCGCAGCCCUCGCAGUCCCAAUUUCAAUCCAGCCACUGCGGUCUGCCUGCUUCGGAAGUUGCCCCUCCUAGGGCACCGAUACCACCACAUAUAGCGGAGAUCAUGCGAAACGUUACUCCAACUCAAGCACGCCUACUAAUACCAGCGCUGAACCAGCAGGCAAACCUGGCCACGAACCGGGCCAGAGCCCAACAGACUGUCCAAACUGGACAGGCAAGUGUGCAAAGUCCUCAUUCUAUUAGCAAUACCGGAUUCAACGCUUCGAACAUGGUACAAAGAGCAUCGAAUCCGCCUACGAGUACGGGGCUAGCCCCAUACCCUCGGCCACCUGUUCUGGCAGCACCUCGACCUCCAAAUGCAACUGUGUCCAAUCCGCAGUUUUCAGCCCAACUUCCGCCGCUUAUAGCUUUUGGUGGAGGUUUCGUUCCCUACAGAGCUCGAACGCCGCCGCCACCACCACCUGGGUUUGAACACGAUGGCCCUUUUAUAUCUGAAAACAUGCCUCCUCAUCUCGGGCCGCCGGCGCUGCCGCCGGCCCACGCCUCUGCCCAAUUUCAACCUGCUACUUACCGGUCGCAUUUGUCUCAACAAGCUCAGACACCGUCUUAUCCGGUUGGACCUGGCUUCUCUACCCCUGCACCACCACCCGGUUUUGCGCAGCGCCUUUUAGCCCAGGGGCAUGCUGCCAGGUUCUAUCAGGGACUUCAGAAUGUUGGACCACCAUUACUACAAGCAUCGGAUCAGCUGAAUAUCAACAGGCCAGUCGGCCAGACUAGAUCAAACCAGGAGCGUCAACAGGGGCCUCAUACCCCCUUCUCUCUGAAUCCUCUUUUGACACCUCCUCACGUUGGUAUGCAACGCACCGCUCCAUCGCCACUUACGCUUCGACCACCACCCUCACCAAUACCAUCCCUGGCACCAAGCCUAUUAGCCACCUCUCCCUUCGCCACCUCCCACCGCGGUAUUCCCGUCCAAAUCUACCUGCCCGGGAUCCUCGUCCCCUCUAACACCAUUGGACCCGGCGGAAUGAAAUUAGGCAACAACGGUUGUGCCGAGACGGAUGCUUUCCUUCUCGGUCAUACGCACCCGCGAAGCGGGAAAAUCACUCUUAGUCGCACUGUCUUCCUACCAUUGGGCGUGUGGAGCAAUGCGCAGGACAGAGUGCGAAAGGGCAAGUACAAGGUAUUGGAGAGCUAUAUAGCGCCUGUUAGAGGCACUUCGACCCCGCAUCGUGCUAUUUACGAGAAGGCAAGGCAGGCCUAUGGAAUGAUGAAGACUGUGUCGCCGGCAGCAAGGGAGCGGGAAUUGACAAAGAGGUGGAGGGCUAGUAGGGGGAGGAUGAAGGAGACUGAGAGGGGCGCAGUCUGGGAAGGUUGGGCCGUGGAUAUUGAUGGGGAAAUUACGAUGAGCAGGGAGGAUAGGAUGGGUGCUUUUGUGCAGGAUGCGUUGAUCGAUGGGGUUGAUCAGGAUAGCGAGGAGGUGAGGAGGAGGAAGGAGAUUGAUGAGUUGCUUGAGAUGGAUGAGGCAUGGGAUUAUGAAGAAGAUGAUGAGGAUGUGCAUAUGCAAGGCUAG